UGCAUUAACUGACCUUGGAAACGACCUCUAAUGUAGUGUCUGCUCCGUUUCUUCAGAGUCUUCGAAAUUUUUGUUUUUUUUCGUAACAAAGUAUCUAUUUUCUUGAAGGGAACUUUUAUACACAUUAUUGUUAUUUCUAGAGGAAAUUAAUUCAAGACAGAACCAAAGAUUUUUUUAAAAAUAAAUCAUGUUACGCCCGACGACAAUGACUUUGUUACGUUCUGAUUUGGCACGCAUGACACUUCGAAAUAUUGUUCGAAUUAAUGUUUUAAGAUGUGCAUCAACACAAUGUCUUCACAGAAAAUAUCUUCAGAGGCUUCAUGUAGGAAACAAUCAACGACAAUUGUUGAUGGUGUACCAACAACAGCCAGUCAGAUAUUAUGCAGAUUUUCCGGAUCACGUAAAAGUUGUUCUGCCUGCGUUGUCACCGACUAUGGAAACCGGUACUAUAGUCAGUUGGCAGAAAAAAGAAGGCGAAAAAUUAAAUGAAGGCGAUUUGUUAGCGGAGAUAGAGACGGACAAGGCGACAAUGGGUUUCGAAACUCCUGAAGAGGGUUAUUUGGCGAAAAUUAUCAUUGCCUCGGGAACGAAGAAUGUACCGAUUGGUAAACUUGUUUGUAUUAUCGUCGCUGAUCAGGCGAGUGUUGCGGCUUUUAAGGACUUUAAGGAUGAUGGAUCAGGCGAUGUUACUCCUCCAAGUUCACCUUCUUCCGCGCCUACUCCAUCUGCGCCUGCACCAGCUUCUGCACCUCCACCCCCUCAACCAUCUCCUGUAGCCGCUCCUCCACGACCUUCCCAAAGUGCUGGUGACCGAAUUUUCGCCUCUCCUCUUGCCAAAAGACUCGCUGCCGAGAAAGGUCUUAGUUUACAAGGCCUCACAGGUUCAGGACUAUUUGGAUCGAUAACAGCAAAGGACUUGGAUGGCGCAUCGGCUGCGAGCUCUGGAGGUUUGAUGGCACCAGGAGGUGUUGAUGUUCCAAUAUCCAAUGUCCGCGGUGUAAUAGCGAAACGAUUAUUGGAAAGUAAACAAACUAUACCUCACUAUUAUCUACAAAUGGACAUUAGGAUGGACGAGGCAUUGGCAAUGAGAACACAAUUCAACAAAAUUUUAGAGAAAGAAAAAACGAAAAUCAGCGUCAAUGAUAUCAUAAUCAAGGGAAUGGCUAUGGCCUGUUUAAAAGUCCCAGAAGGCAAUAGUGCUUGGCUCGGAAAUAUUAUCAGACAGUACGAUCAUGUAGACGUGAGUGUAGCUGUAAGUACAGAGAAUGGACUGAUUACACCAAUAGUUUUCGGUGCGGAUACAAAGGGUAUUGCACAAAUCAGCAAGGAAGUGAAAGCCCUUGCAGCGAAAGCAAGGGAAGGAAAAUUACAACCCCAAGAGUUCCAAGGUGGCACUAUUACUAUCUCGAAUCUUGGAAUGUUUGGCAUUCAGAGUUUCUCGGCAAUCAUCAAUCCUCCUCAGUCCAUCAUUCUUGCGGUUGGCACGAGUUCACCGAGGUUAAUACCUUCCAAUAAUGAAAAAGGAUACACUGUGGGUCAAUUUAUGACAGUCACUGCCAGUUGUGAUCAUCGCACAGUCGAUGGUGCCGUAGGAGCUCAAUGGCUUUCGGCUUUCAAGAGUUUAAUGGAAAAUCCCUCGACCAUGUUGCUUUAAAUUUAUCAAAAAAAAGUAAAUAAUGGAAAAAAUUUAGCUGAAAGUAUUUACAAGACGCGAAAGACUGGAUGAGAAGAGCCAUAUUGAUAAGGUGCCAGUACCAUUUAUGCACGCUUCUCUCGUUAGGAAAAAUUCACACCGAGGCAUCUAAUCUUCAUUAAUUUAGAGAAAAGAAGAAUUGCAAUGUUUGUACAGUCAAAUAUAUUCACUAAAUCCGAUGCCCGAAUUAUUAAAAAGAAUUGAUUUGCUUUGCAAAUUAAUUGUACAUAUUAAAACUAAUUUGUUGAUAAUAAGUUUCAAUGUGAAUCAAUUUCAAAAAUCUCUGACUUUUAAAAACAAACAAAAGAUUUUCUUGUAGAAAAAAAAUUUUUUUUAAAGAGUUAAUUGAUUUAAUUGAUAGGUUAAUAUUAAUAUUUAAUUAAUAUUUUAUGUUAUAUUAUGAGAAUCACAUUGAGACUUUGGUACAGUUAAGAUUGUUAGACAUGUUGGGGAAGCUAGCGAAUUGAAAGAGAAAUUAAUUUAUGUCAACAAAUUGGAGCAAAACUUUGAUUCUUGAGAUAGAUAUUCUAUCGUAAUUUAAAGAAUCAACUUAGGGAAAAAAAUAGAAAAAAUA